AUGAAUCAUUCGAUUAAAGACCUCGAGCAAGGCUCGUCUUCAAAAGAAAAUGAGCAAAUCGAAAUUAAGCUUCAACCUGCCGAUGACGAUGAGAGAUCUACCGACGAUGAGAGUUAUUUGAAUGUCAUUGAAACUAAGGGUGGCUUGAAAAGAAGUCUUAAGGCAAGACAUGUCCAGUUUAUUUCUAUUGCAGGUGCUAUUGGUACUGGUUUAUUUAUUAGCACUGGAUCUGUACUUUCAAAAUGUGGUCCCGCUCCACUUUUGAUGGGAUACACGAUUCUCUGCAUCUUUGUUUGGUCAAUUAUGAAUCUGCUUUCAGAAAUGGUGACCUACAUACCUUUACCUGGAAGGUCCACUCCUUAUGCUAUGUGCUUGCGUUAUACAGGAAACAAAUCUGCAGCUUUUACGGAAGGAUUAAAUUUGGCUUAUGCCCAGGCUAUCUUGACUCCAGCUGAAAUUUCAGCUGCGGCAUUUAUUGUGUCUUACUGGUUGGAUUGGAAUCCUGCUAUUUGGAUUUCAAUAUUUCUUGUGUUGAUCGUUGCUAUCAACAUGUGCAGUUCCGGUACAUUUGGAGAAAUUGAGUUCUGGAUUGCAGCCAUUAAGAUCAUUACACUAACCGGGUUGAUAAUUGUGGGAGUAGUAAUUUUCUUUGGAGGCGGACCCAGUCAACACGGUGUGUUAGGUUUUAGAUACUGGAAGAAUCCUGGAUCAUUUAAGGAAUUUCUUGUUGAAGGAGCUACCGGUAAGUUUCUAGCAGUUUUGGAAUCCACGGUCAAGUCGGGUUUUGCUUUCGUCCUCUCUCCCGAGUUGAUUACCUGCUGUGCUGCUGAGGCAGAAGACCCAAGAAUUAACUUACCGAAAGCCACCGAGAGAUUCAUCUAUAGAUUGAUUUUCUUUUAUGUUUGUGGUGCUCUAGUUAUUGGUAUCAUUGUCCCUUAUAAUAGCAGUCGGUUGAUGUCUGCCAUUAACGAAGGUGCUCAAGGUGCUGCAGCUUCUCCAUUUGUGAUUGGAAUUCAGAAUGCAGGUAUUAAGGUGUUGAACCACAUUGUCAAUGCCGCCAUUCUCACUUCUGCCUUUUCAGCCGGUAAUUCCUUCAUGUUCGGAGCCUCCAGAAAUUUACACUCCAUGGCUGUGAACGGAGCCAUCCCAAGAGUUUUUGCUAGAUGCAAUAGAUUUGGAGUGCCAUAUUACUCGGUUGCUGCAGUUGCGGUUGUCGCAUGCUUGGCAUACCUCACUGUGUCCAAUGGUUCUUCGACAGCAUUUACUUGGUUGUCCAACAUUUCUACAGUGUCUGGAUUCCUGUCUUGGAUUUUCAUCAGCAUAACUUACAUUCGGUAUAGGAAGGCCAUUGCAUAUCAUCAUAUGGAAUCGAGGAUCACUUAUAGACCACCGCUACAAAAGAUUGGUGCCUAUUUUUGCGUAGUAAUCUUCACCGUCAUCACGCUUGUUAAUGGAUUCCCGGUGUUUUUCGACUUCAACGCUGCUGAUUUUAUUGCUGCGUACAUUACCGUUCCUAUUAUUCUAGUCUUAUAUUUUGGACACGCUAUUUGGACGAAAAAUUGGAGGUUAUUUGCUCCUCCUGAAGAAAUUGACUGUAUUACCGGAUUAAAAGAAAUCGAAGCCGAACAGGCAGCUUACAUUCCCAAGAAGCCAAGAAAUAUCUUUGAAAGGAUUUGGUUCUGGAUUGCCUGA